AUGUCAUUACCACGCGCCCUCCUCCUGCGGCACCACCCCCUCCGCCCCCGCCCACCCGCGCACCUACUACUGCAGCGCCGCCGCCACCUCGCAACCGCCCCGCCGCCGCCGCCACCGCCACCGCCAAGCAAGAAGAAGACCGACAAUGAAGAAGAGCCCUUCACAGAGCUCGACUCGAGCCUCGCGGGGGGGGGCAAGGAGCGCGACGCCGCGCCCCCGCGCCUCGCCCGCCCCAUCGGCCUCGACCACCCGCCGCGCCCCGACGAGAACACGGGCAUCGACACGCGCACGUGGGCCGAGCGCCGCGACGACUUCCGCAAUUGGGAUAAGCACCUUGAGAAGCGGGCCAAGAUGACAAAGCAGAUCUUCAAGCCCUACUUCCGCGACUUCUCGCGCCUCUCCGCAACGCACAAGGGCAAGUCCUUCACCGCGCCGCCCCUCCUCUUCCGCGCCGACAAGGCCCUCUUCUUCCCCAACCUCGUCGGCCGCACGCUGCAGCACCCCAGCGACCCGCUGCAGAGCACCACCGAAGUGCUGGAAGGGCAUGUCAGCGUCGUGAGCGUGUUCAGCAGCGCGUGGGCCGAGGCGCAGGUGCGCACCUUCACCGCGGGCCUCGAGGAGGGGCCGGUGCAGAGGGUGGAUGUCAAUGUGGAGACGAACCCGCUGAAGGCGUGGCUGGUGAGGGUGUUUGUGCCCAGGAUCCGCGCGGGCGUGGGGGAGGGGGCGUGGGGGAGGUAUUUUUUGGUGCAGAGGGGGCUGGAGGAGGAGGUGCGGGAGAGGAUGGCGUAUGUGAAUGAGAAGGUGGGGUAUGUGUAUCUUGUGGACUGGGACUGCCGGAUCCGGUGGGCGGGGUCCGGGAGGGCGGGGGAGGAGGAGAGGGCGGCGUUGCGGAGGGGGGUGGCCAAGUUGGGGGAGGAUUGGAGGCGGUUGGAGGGGGAGAGGGAGGCGGCGAGGGUGGAGAGGGAGAGGAGGGAGGGGGAGAAGAGGAGGGUGCAGGAGGAGAUGGAUGAGAUCUGA